UUCGUGAAGAAAGGAGGGAAACCGCAGGGAGAGAGGAGAGAAGGACAGCAGCACGGCUACCAAGGGGAGAGCAAGUGCAGUCGGUGCGGUAAAGAAAAACACAAAAAUGCAGCCAAAUGCCCAGCGUCGGAUUCUGAAUGCAGGAAGUGCGGGAAGAAGGGGCAUUGGGAAAGAAAAUGCUUCACAAAGACUGUGAGGGAAGUAAACCAAGGGAACGAAGAGGAUGAAAGUUUCUACUUAGGCGCAGUGAGUAAACAAAAACAAAGCAGUGCAGAGCAAUGGACAGAGCAGAUCCACAUAGGGUACACACCAGUGCAAUUUAGAAUAGAUACAGGCGCUGACGUCACUGUAAUGAACAUGGAAACAUUCAAGGCACUUAAACCAGAAAGAAAGCUGGAGCCACACCAUAGCCCAUUAGAGAGUCCAGGAGGAACAUUGGACAUUAUGGGACAAUUUACAGCUAGCACAUUACACAAACAGAGAAAACAUAUUUUCAAUAUUUAUGUAGCUAGAGGGCCUACAGUUAAUAACUUACUGGGCAGGGACACAGCAGUAGAGAUGGGGCUGGUGAAGCGAGUACAGCAGGUGAAGACAGCAGCCGUCCACAUGGGCACGAUGAAGACGGAGCCGGUGAAGAUCCACCUUCGUGAUGACGCUGUGCCACACGCUGUACACACAGCCAGGAGAGUCCCACUGCCACUCCUACCCAAAGUCCAAGCUGAGCUACAACGCAUGGAGGAACACGGCGUGAUCGUCAAAGUGACACAACCCACAGAAUGGUGCGCACCAAUGGUGCCAGUCCUGAAACCGUCAGGUGCCGUCCGAAUCUGUGUAGGGCUCCAGAAGCUGAAUGAAAAUCUGAAGAGAGAAACUUACCAGCUACCUACCACAGAUGAGACGCUGGCCAAGCUGGCGGGCUCAACCGUGUUCACAUCCCUCGACGCUGCCUCAGGCUUUUGGCAGAUACCGCUGCAUGAAGAAAGCAGAAUCUUAACCACAUUCAUCACACCUUUCGGGAGGUACUGCUUUACCCGCCUUCCGUUUGGGAUAAACAUAGCCCCGGAGAUAUUCCAGCGCAAGAUGCACGAGCUGCUCGAGGGCCUGGAAGGAGUCGCCGGGUACAUGGAUGACGUGAUUGUGCAUGGAAAAGACAAGGCCACACAUGACAGACACUUGCAAAGCACACUUGAAAGGAUGAAGCAAGUAGGCCUUAAGCUGAAUGAAGAAAAGUGUGUCUACGCACAACCACAGUUACGCUUCCUGGGCCACAUCGUGGACGCCAACGGGGUUCAGGCAGACCCAGAGAAGACAUGGCAACCGUCGCAGGUCCACUGUACGAUCUCCUAAAGGGGAAGAUGGCCUGGACAUGGGAUCAGCCACAGCAGCGAGCGUUUCAGCGCUUGAAAGAAGCCCUCAUCACAUCGCCUGUACUGGCCCACUACGACCCACAGAGACCGAC